AUCAUGCACGCAUCUCGGAACUGAUUGUUCACAUUCGUCUCUCUCCGAAAAACUCCAAAAUCAAAGUUUCUCUCUUUGGCGGUGAUUUGCUAGCUCCCUGCUGCUGCUAAGCUAUAGACUAUUUAGGUUCUAGCUAGCUCCGAGUCGUCUCGCCCUAACUCGGCCGACUCAGUGCGAUCAUAGAAAAAAUGAAUCGCGAAUCGUUAUCGAAAUUGUUUGCCGUCACAUCGUUGCUUCUAAUCAUUGGUAUUUUCACCACAGAGAAGAAGAAUAGCUCAACCUCAACCUCAACCUCAAUCAAUGGCGAGGAAACGAUUAUAUCUCUGAUCACUCAUCGCAAGCUGCUGAAUACUGGAGAGGAGAGAGAAAAUGGCGUGGAGCCAAACAGGAUUUGGAGCGACAAAUGCUCGAAAUCGGACAUAAUGAUAAUCCAAGGCGCGACGCCGCCGCUGCCGAACGGGAUUCCGACGUACACGGUGGAGAUCAGCAACACCUGCGUCUCCGGCUGCGACAUCUCCGCCAUCCACGUCAGCUGCGGCUGGUUCAGCUCCGCCCGCCUCGUCAACCCGCACGUCUUCAAACGGCUCCGUUUCGACGACUGCUUACUUAACGACGGGAAGCCGCUCCGUAACGGCAAGACCCUCUCUUUUCAGUACGCCAACACCUUCCGUUACGCCCUCUCCGUCUCCUCCGUUAGCUGCUGAUAUAUAUUGAGAAACUGGGUUUUUUUUUGUGAGAAUUGUAAAUGGGAUUUUGUUUAGUUCAAGAAGGAUUAGUUUUUUUGAGAUAUUGAGGAUUUUUAGCUGAUUUUGUGAGAGGUGACAUUUGGGGAUCAAUUUCUUGUUUUUUGGAUGUAAAUGGAAUAUCUAAAGAAUACUGCACAAAAGUUGUACCUCCUCUUUGUUUUUUUCUUCUACAAUACUGUUUU